AUGGCGCUAAGAAGAGCGUUCGUCUUGCUCAUCUUCUCCGUGGCACUGAUACUUGGCAUUUAUGCAGAGGAGCAGAUACCACCUAAAAUAUUUUCUAUUACUCCAAACGAAGGAAGCUAUAUGGGAGCAACUAGAGUAUACAUCAACGGUCAAGGAUUUUCUUCAAGCGGAAAUUUUAACUCAGCUGCAAGCCAGGCAAAACUCGGAAACAAAGCCUAUUUCCUGAGUGACUUCGAAACCGUGCCAUGCGACGUGGAGAACGAUGCCAGUCACGAGACCAUGAUUGUUUGUUACACACGGCCAAUGAGAAGAGAUACCUGGUAUUACAUCCAAGUUGAAGUUGACGGUGUGCUUGUACCGUUCCGGGAGAACUGCAAUAGGAAUCCAUGGAGCUGGAGAUGUAGAUUCGCUACGCGUUGGUAUAAAACGCCAUAUUUGGACCAAUGUUACGUCACACAAGACCAAGAAGAAGUCCCAUAUCCGAUGCUAAAAGCUCAUGCUCCCGGUGAUUUAAUAACUUGCAGAGGACGAAUUUUUACGUCUAUUUAUGGCCCGAACAAUCAAACUAAUGAAAAUGGUCGAGAAGUCUCUAUUCGAAGAGUAUAUGCUGGUGGGCAAACGUGUGAUCUUCUAAAAGAACCAGACGUAUUUCACAAUCUAAAAUUAUUCAACGAUGACGGAGACGACGGUAUAUUCACAUGUAAAACUAAAGGAUCGUACGUCGGAGCUCAAAACGUUAGCAUAAUGUUAACGGACGAUUUUGGAAGAAACGAUAUUGAUAUAAAUCAAAUGAAAACAAAUGGAAAAGACCAAGUCUACAAUUUUCAAACAUACGCGGAAAUCACUAGUGUCUCACCUAAAGUGGGCAGCACAGAGGGUGGAACACGCGUAACAAUUCAAGGAGAGAAUUUCGAUGACACUGAUGAACCAAUCACAGUUCUCAUUGGCGGUGAACCUUGUGACGUUGUUGAAGGAACAAUGACCAGCGACAAAGUUGAAUGUAUAUCAAGAAUACCUGGACCAGAAAAGGAUUACUAUAUAGGAUCUCGGGGCGUCGUGUUGGAGACUUGGAAUAAAACGACGGUAGAUGAUGAAAUUACGCUUACGCUUCUCAAUAAUGCUUCAAAUUACGAAGGAAUGAAACUCGUAGAUAAUACUGCAUGGAAAUGGAAUACAACAAAAGAUAAUUUUGUGGCGAGAUACACAGGUGUUUUCGUAGCACCGCACACUGAUCGUUAUAAAUUCAAGAUUGCUUCUGACGACCACGGAUCAUUGUUCAUGAAUUGCGAAGGAAGCAAAGAAAAUCUGACGAAAGUUGCUUAUAGCAAUUCAGCUACUUCAUCUUUUAGUGGUCAUGGCCAAUCUUCGGAUUGGAUGCAACUGACGAAAGGUCAACAAUGUUACUUUGUGAGUACCAAUCGUGAGUACGGAGGUGCAGCACAUUUAUAUGUCGCUGUGUUAAGAGCUACAACAACACUGACAAAAACUCAAUCCAUUGACGCCAAAAACGAAGUUCAGAUUAUCGAUUUCUCAGCAAAAUUCCUGAAAGAAAAGCAGAAUAUCAACUUCACCUCGUGGUCUAGGCAGGCCGGGGCUAUUGAAGUUCAGGAAGUUACUGUUUCUCAUUCUUGUUUCAAUACUGGAACUUGUCAAAAUAUUGGUUACAGACUGAUGUAUGAAGGAGUCAAAACACUUUUCAUUCAAGCAGAUGCUUCUGCGUCAUCUGUCCGAACCCAUUUACUCAACAUUUUUGCUCUGAAAGACGAAAACAUCGCUGUGUCGGUUGCAACAUCUAGUGGCCAGAGAAAAUACACGGUUGAGUUCAGACAAAAAAGAGGUGACUAUGCUACCUUAGGCUAUGAAAAAUAUCCGUCAAACGUUCAAGGAUUAUCUGUUUCUAUCAGCGAGAAAACGAAGGGUGUUUCAGAAAGAAAGUCUUUCAAAUUAAGACUUGGUGGAAGAAUGACCGCGGCCAUUGCGGAAAAUGCUGAUGUUGAAGCUUUGGAUACAGCACUAGAAGUGACAAGAUCUGCCUAUUGUCCUCCAUUCCUUCUCCCCGAUUUACGACAAUCAUCUGUCAUUACAACUCGAGAUUUUGAGACUGCAAAAUAUGGCGACCAAUGGGGAAGUAGAAAGCAGGAUUCCGAAGCGUUUUGUGGAACUACAUCUCUAAUGAAUCCUGAUAUCAUAUAUCGCGCAGGAAGAACGUCAGAUGAUCCUGAAACAAGACACAAAGCAUUUGAUGCCGUGCAAAAUAGAUGGUUAUGUCUUGCUCACCGUGGUCGCAUGUCGGAUAGGAUGGAUCUCACAGGAACUUUCAGAGGAAAUGGAAAAACUCAAACUACAACUCACAUUGUGACGUCACCUCUAGUAACACACAAUACAGAAUGGAGAUAUUCAUGCAUAGAUUUAAUCUCAGAGGCUCUUCAUUCCCGUUCUGAUCUAACAUACAUCGACGAAGUUACUUUGACCAUGGUUAAAUUCUACAGACAUUCCAGAGAUUAUAAUUAUUGGUUGGAUGCGAUCACAAUCGGAAGUUCUAAAACAACUGAUGAUCUGGAAGGCGUUCUUAGAGUUCGUACUCCUCCUGCUUUAGCGAAUGGUGAACCACUGUCGAAAGUUACAAUCAAAGAAUCGACCGGAGAUAGAUCUUUCGAAAUUGAGCUUGAUACAUAUAACUGUGGAAACAUGAUUCCUCUCAUAUCGAUAGCAUUUAUUUCUAAUUCCGCUGCAACCAAAGACAAAUUAACUCAAAGAGAAAGUAGUUGGGAAAGUGGAGUCAGUUUUAUUGCCACAAGAAUACAAUCCGGAAGUUUUCCCAUGUCCGGAAAAUUUGAUCUCACUGUGCAUUUUCCUAAUGGGAAAUCUUACAAUGUAACAGAAAUUCCGGUCGAUCUACCUGUGACUAAAUUUGAAGAGCUCCUCGAAAAUGAGGUUCCUGGAUUUGGUCAAGCGAAUGUGUGGAGAGGAGGAAGUUGCCAUGCUAGAGAUUAUGGAAUUGAAUGGCUGACUAACGGAGGGGAUAAACCAUUAAUGGAGUUACGAAUGGAAGAUAUAGAAGGUGCAUCUGAUAUCACCGGUAGAAUAUGGACCUCACAAGAUGGCGGGAUUUUCCACAACCCAAUGACAGGAGAUAUGCUUAGAAUCGCUUACGAUAAACCUCAGGUUGAAGUAUUUAUCAACGGGUAUCCAUCCAAAUGUAUCGCAAAUUGUGAAUUUACGACAUCGUUGGAUUCAACACCAAUAGUUAAUUCAAUGUCUCCGUCGUCAGGUUCUUCACAUGCAUCUACGUCAAUCACAAUUACUGGAACAAACUUAGCGGCAAUAUCUGGAGGAAAUACCACAGUCAAAGUUAGCAAAGCGGAUUGUUCUGUCACAACAAAUACAGAUACUCAAGUCGUUUGUGCUCUCGGAGAUGGUGCUCUUGGAACAUAUGAUGUAGUUCUUUCUGUUGGAGGUAAAGGUUUCGCCAAGAAACAAAAUGAAAAUGUGUCAUUGGCAUUUACCGUAUCAGGAGGAGUGGGAACCAUAAGCCCAUCCAGUGGAUUUUCUACUGGUGGAACUGAUGUCAGUAUCACAGGAUACGGGUUUUCUGCAACAACCACAUUUACAUUCGCCAACAAACCUUGUGUUGUAAAAAGUGUAACCGCGGUUAAAGUUGUAUGUACGACACCUAAAGCAUCGGUAUCGGUAACGGAUGUAAAAAUCACGGUACAAGAUGGAUCAGUUAUUUUAGGAUCACUCACCUAUAAGUAUGUAAAUACGGACGCAAUUGUUACCAGCAUUUCACCUACAACCUCAACAUUGACUGGAGGUAGUAAUCUAACAAUAAGUGGAACCAACCUUGGUAGCAGCGCGGAAAUGGUCACAGUUUUGAUUGCUGGAAAAUCGUGUACUGUUUCUGUAUGGUCCUCGACGAAAAUCACAUGUACAUUACCACAUGCUCCACCCGGACAAUAUCAAGUCUUCGUGGUUAUCAAAGGAAAAGGAUAUGCGGACACAAGUGUUAACAGCAUUCCUCCAGUGAAUUACAAACUAGAAGUUACCAGUAUGUCGCCAAAUACAGGAUCAAACAGUGGUGGAACAAAAGUAACUAUAAAUGGUAAUGGAUUCACUAACGAGAUUACAACAGAGGUGAAACUUGGAGAUUCGAUUUGUAAAAUUGAAUCUAUAUCUGGAACUGAGAUUGUUUGUACGUCUGGACGUACGACUAAAACAUACGUUGUUACGAAUAAUGGAACGCAUGAAAGUUUGGGUCCAGGCUUCUCAUGGGAUCCUAUGACGCUUGAUAUAAAUGUUGGAGACACCGUAACCUGGAAAUGGAAAAUUGAUGGAGCGCCAGGUGGAUGGGAAUAUGGUGCCAGAGUUUUCACCACAUCGUCAGCUGAAAGCGAUGAAUAUGACGGAGUAACAUUUGAAUCAAAUGCGGCCAAAAGUGCUGAAGGAUCUUUCAGUUACACAUUCAACAAUGAAGGGAAGUUUUAUUUAUCAAGUGGAAAAGUUGAUCAUGAUUUAUGGGGAACCGUCAUCAUGAAAGGAUCAGUUAACGUCAUGUCGCCAAAAUCUUCAGACAAUAAAUUGAGCGUGAAAGUAUCAAACCACGAGGCAAAUUAUUUGGAAGUCAAAAGAAAAAAACGAGCAGCUUCUUCGUGCAGUGGUGAAGUAACAUCAAUAAGCGGAUGCACACCUACCUCGAGUACUUCGAAAUUUUCGUUGACCACAGAUCCUUGUUAUACUCCCACUAUAACAUCAGUUUCUCCCAACAACGGAACAACAGACAACACUAUUACAAUAAAAGGUACGGGAUUUGGUACUGAAAACUGCGCGAACAAGGUUUUAAUAGCAAGUGGAUAUCCUGAUGAAUAUGAAUGUGAAAUGAUAUCAUCAACUUCAACAACAAUAAAAUGCAAACCAAAACCUAGCGGCAACACAUCCAUUAAUGUGGCUUAUCAUGUAAAAGUAAACGUACAAAGUCUUGGAGAUACGAUUUCAACAAUCAAAUCAGACUCACACAGAAGAUUCACUCUACUUCCAAGUGUGAAGUCAGUUUCUCCAAUUUCUGGUUCCCUCGGCGGCGGUGCAUUGGUCAAUAUUGAAGGUUCAGGAUUUUCAACUCAAGCUAGUCAGAUGAUUGUAAUGUUUGGUCAAUAUAAUUGCAUUGUACAAACCUCUUCCUAUUUCUCAAUCCAAUGUCUGAGUCCGAUAUCUUCAGUCGGAACAAAAGUCGAAGUUACUGUAACUAUUAGUGGACAAACUGCUGAAUGCGUCGGAACAUGUGAGUUUGAAUACAAAAAUAGCCUCACACCCACAAUCACAGCAAUUAACCCAACAAGUGUAACUGCGUCCGAUACUGAAUUAGUUUUUGAUGGAUCUUCUUUCAACUCGGACAAUUCGAAAGUUCAUGUGAAAAUCGGAUCUGAAACCUGUAACGUAACCUCUUCAACAUCAUCUAAAAUAAAAUGCAACAUGGCCGAACUACCAGCUGGCAAUCACGCAAUAUCUGUAAGUAUAGAUGGAAAAGGAAAAGCAAAACUUUCUGGAGUUCCAGCAACCAUUUCGAGUCCUCCUUUGAUCACAUCCAUGACACCAUUGAACGGCAGUAAAGCGGGUGGCACAAUGUUAACUUUUGUUGGUAACGGAUUCAAUUCUGAUGUUGUUAGUGUAAAACUUUCAAACAAAGUGUGUGAAAUCAACAAAGCAACGUUAACAAACUUCUGGAUGGAAUGCGAAACUCCUGUGCUCAGCGGAUCAAGAACUCGCACAGUGGUGGUAACAUCGAAUGGUCAAACAUAUUCGAGUCUACAGUUUGAAUAUCAUAACGAUGUGACUCCAUCACUAACUUCUAUUUCUCCUAGCUCCGGCGAUCCUGGAGAUCAAGUAAAAAUUAAUGGAACAAAGCUGGAACCAAACAAUACGAAAAUAUACGUAGGAACCGCUGAAUGUACUAAUGUUGUGGGAACUGAAACUUCGGUAACUUGUGUACUGGGUGAACAUGUCGGCGGGACUUAUUCUGUUACUGCUAAGAUUGGAAUUUUGGGAAAUGCAACGUCAUCACUUACGUUCAAUUACACUUUUUCGAUCUCCAGUGUAACUCCAGAACGAGGGAGCUUCGCCGGCGGAGAUAUUUUAACUGUGUCAGGUCGAGGAUUCAGCAGUAUGACUGAACUUCAAAUUUGCAACAGCACAUGUGUACAUAACGAUGAUAUGCCAGGAACAAGCGCGAGUAGUGAUCAUAUCUUAUGUAAAUUAGCAAGUGAUCCUGACCCCAAAACUGACUCGGACAAAGUAUGUGAUAUAUCUGCUACUGUAGAUGGUCAAUCAGCAACCGGGGCAAGCCUCUACACGUUUGCAACAGAUAAAACCCCUAGAGUAACAGCAGUAUCUCCCACCAGGGGUGGAACGCAAGGAGGCACAAACAUAACAAUCACCGGUACUUUGUUCGACUCUGAUCCAUCCAAGGUUGAUGUAACGAUUGGAGGAGUCUCAUGUACGGUAACGAGUUCAUCUAGUACUGAAAUUAAAUGUACAACCAAUGCGAGAGGAAAAUCAUUAAAAGCCAUUGUUGAAGUUACAAUUAGUGGAAAAGGGAAAGCUCUCAACAAUGAUGUAGAAUUUUACUAUGUUGAUGUCUGGUCAUCCAAAUGGACAUGGGGUGGGCAGGAUCCUCCUGUAGCGGGUGAUUUUGUUGUUGUUCCAUCCGGACAGACACUCGUUAUGGACGUGGAUACCCCAGUAUUGAAGAUGCUUCUGAUUAUGGGGGGCGUAGUUAUAUUCGACGAAAAAGACAUCCACGUGCAAACUGAAAAUAUAUUAAUAACUGAUGGAGGCGUGUUACAAAUUGGAACUGAAGAAAAACCGUUUCAACGCAAAGCUCGCAUCACAUUACAUGGUCAUCUGAGAUCUCCAGAAUUACCAAUUUAUGGAACAAAAACGAUCGGAGUUAGGAAUGGAACUUUAGAUUUACACGGAAAGCACGUACCAAUUACAUGGACACAUCUAUCAGAAACAGCAAAUGCUGGAAGUUCAACUAUAAAAUUAAAACAAGCUGUGACUUGGGAAGCCGGAGAUGAAAUAGCAAUUGCUAGUACCGGUGACCGGCAUAGUCAGAGAGAAAACGAACAGAAAACUAUUAAAUCUAUUGCUGUAGAUAAGAAGACAAUAACAUUAACUGAACCACUGGAGUACACUCACAUAUCAGCUUCGGAAACAUUCGACGGUGUUACCGUUGAAACUCGAGCUGAAGUUGGACUACUAACAAGAAACAUUGUAAUCGAAGGGUCGAAGCAUAUGGAAUGGGCAAAAGAUGUUAUACCUAAAUGUGAUGCUGGAUUCAAUACAGGAGAAUUUGCAACUCAAACAUGCUUCCAGGGAAGAUUUGGGGAGGAAGAGGGUUCUGACCAGUUUGGUGCACAAAUCAUGAUUCACCAUCGUUCACCUGAUCUUGACAUUGCUCGUGCGAGAAUCGAGUAUGUAGAAUUAAGACACAUGGGACAAGCUUUCAGACUUGGAAGAUAUCCGAUACAUUUCCAUAUGCUUGGUGAUGUAUCUUACAGAAAUUAUGUCAGGGGAUGCGCAAUUCAUAAAACGUUUAAUCGAGGGAUCACCAUUCACAAAACACAUCAUCUACUUAUCGAACAUAAUGUUCUAUUCGAUACAAUGGGAGGAACCAUUUUCAUUGAAGAUGGAAUAGAACACGGGAAUAAAAUUGAAUACAACUUAGUAGUGUUUUGCAGGCAAAGUACUUCUUUACAGAAUGAUGAUAUCACACCCGCAGCAUUCUGGGUAACAAACCCCAACAACACUCUUCGACACAACGCAGCAGCAGGUGGAACUCAUUUCGGCUUCUGGUACAGAAUUCAUCAACAUCCAGACGGACCUUCUUUUGAUCCUAACAUAUGUCAACAAUUACACCCAAUGCAGGAAUUUGCAAAUAACACUGUUCACAGCCAAGGAUGGUUUGGUCUCUGGGUGUUCAAGGCAUAUACUCCAAAAGCUGAUGGUUCAUGUGGAUCAACUGAACCUAAUGUUGUGAAGUAUGACUCAUUUACGGUUUGGAACUGCGAGAAAGGUGCCGAACUUGUGAAUGUUGGAGCUAUUCAGUUUCACAACUUCAUCAUGGCAGCCAACGAGAAAGCUGGAAUUGAAACAAAGCUUGUUGUUGACAAACACGUAAAAUGGGGCCAAGUUGGAACAUACGAUUCUUUCGUUAUUGCUAGACUAUCUGCAAUAACCACAGGUGGUUCUACCAAACGUGGAAUUAUCCUGCCUUUCACGGAAGGGUACGAAGUUAACAACACAAAAUUUAUUAACUUUGAUGAGUCUGGAACUGCAGCUAUUGGAGUAACUUCUAUUGACGGAACAUGUAGUGUUCUAUGUGGUGGAUGGGAAGCAAGAUUCUCACAAAUUUCGUUUCAAAAUUCUCCAAACAAGGCGGCCUUCAGGUGGGAACAUGAGGUUAUUCUUCGAGAUCGAGAUGGUACAUUGUCUGGAACAGGGAAGCACUCAGUGAUCACUCCUUACAAUCCUACAAUAUCAAAAACAAGUUGCCCAGAAAUUGGUGGAUUUAACAUCGGAGAAUUUCCAGGUGUUAUUUGUGAUGGUUCAGUUAAAUUUCAUCGAUUAUCUUUCAAUACCGUUAAUCCAACUUCACUUGAAGCAAAAUAUGUAAAAUUCACGAACGAAUAUGGUGUGACGUAUAUCCCAUUUGCCAAGAAACGAUUAACUCAUAAAUUUGGUUGGAUGGGAACAAUGAUGGACGGCGAAACGUACAAAUGGGUGUUUGACAGCGCUGAGCAGAUAACUAACAUUUCUUAUUCGUCCGGAUUUUAUAAUUUUGAGGAAAAUGACUGUGUAAUUGUCCAACACAAUCUCACUCAAAAACCAGACAAAUUUUUCAUAGCUGGUGAUGCUGAUGAUUACCAAAAAGAUAGAAUGGUAACAUGCGCAAACAAUUACCAUGGAGAUUACUAUUUUGAACCAAACACGAAAACGUUAUCAUACAUUGUAUCUGGUCGGGAUAAGCCAUCGCGCAGAAAGAAGAGGGCUAUAUCAUCUUUAUCCGCCACACCGAAUGCAGUCAACAGAGACGUCAAUUUCCGUGUAUACCGAUGCUUUUAUGAGAAAUGUAUACCUCCGCCUGAUCCGAACAAUUUGCCUCCUGCAAGAGAGCGACCAGAUGACGUUCAAUAUUGGGAUGUAACAUCUGAAUGGAAGACAAAUACCGGAGAAUAUACAACUGUAAAUGGCAACGCAGCAUCUUCAACACCUCCAGAUAACCAAGAUAUCAGGAUUGAACCUGGAACGUGGAUGGUUGUGCGACAAAAUUUACCCAAGAUGAAUAAAUUGUGGAUUGAGGGGGUUUUGGAAAUAGAUUGGGAUGAUGAAGAUUUGUCAUUAACAUUGAGUGCUACUCAUAUUGUUAUUAUGGGCGGACGACUAAUAGUUGGUUGGGAGGAUGCGACCUUCAAGGGACAACUCAGUCUUGUGUUACGCGGCGAUAUUAAUACGCAGGAUGUUGAAUUGAACGGUGGAGUUGUUGUCGGAUCAAAAGCUAUAGGUGUUCUUGGUGGACUGGACUUACAUGGUCGCACGAGAAUGCUUACAAAGACUCAUCUGGCUUCUGCUGUCACUGCUGGUCAAAAUUCCAUCACGUUGGUGGAUUCUCCAAGUGAUUGGUCUGUUGGCGAAGAAAUUGUUAUUGCUACUACCAGUGCUGAUCCAUGGGAAACAGAAACCUUCAAAAUAUCUGAAAUAAACGCCAAAACUCUUACGUUAAAUGCGACAUUGAAAUUUGAUCAUAUGGCUGAUACAUUCACAUAUACUGAUAAAAGUGGAGUGGAACAAUCUUAUGACAUUAGAGCCGAGGUUGCUUUACUUACCAGAAAUAUUAAAGUAAUCGGAGAAGAUUAUAAUGAUUUGUAUACUCAUUCAUUUGGAGCAAGAGUUCUUGUCGCUGGAGUAGGCUCUACAAGGGGCUACGCACGCGUUCAGAACGUUGAAUUCUAUCAUACAGGACAAGAAGGAUUUAUCGAUAAUUACGAUCCGAGAUAUUCUUUGGCAUUCUUGAAUACAGGAAGUGUCGAUACCAUUAAGCCUUCCUCCGUGAAACGUAAUGUUUUUCAUCAUGGUUUUAACACUGCUAUUGGAGUGUUUGGUGCCAGCUUACUGGAAGUAAAAGGAAACAUUAUUCAUCAUACAGUUGGCCCUGCGAUAAGAGUAGAAGGCGAUCAAGUGAGAGUUGAGGAUAAUCUAGCUAUGCUGGUCCGUACUAGAUCUGUUUAUCAAGACAGAAUGGAAGAUGAUAUUAUGCUAUGGAAAGCCGCGAUUGAGGUGAAUUUAGCAACAGCGCCAGUGAUCUCGGAUAACGUUGUCGCUGGCUCCGAGAGAGGAGGAUAUCGUAUCGAUGGACAUAAUUGCGACGACACAUCGACAACGGGCAGUGUAACUUGGGGAACGAACACAGCUCGAGCAUGUUUACAAGGAAUAUGGAUGAACAAAGAUGGAUUUCCCUCCUGCUCUCUGAUUAGCAAAUUCAAUAUACACUCUGCUUAUGAUUAUGCUGUAUAUUACCAAGGGAGUGGAUCUGUCAAGAUGAGCGAACUUCUCAUCACGGAUAGUCCGAUUGGAAUUGUACCAAUUGUAUACGCGCCAGCAUCACUAAGUCAUGCCAUGCAAAAUAAGUACGUUCACCUUGAAAGUUCAACCAUAGUGGCAGUCAGCAAAGCAGACUAUUGUCCUACACUUCCCACUACAACGGACUACGUGCAAAAUUCUGUGCUUGCAAGAGCAAAACCAAGAACUGGCGCUAAUGACAAGGCAAGAGCGGGAGUGUUGUGGCCAAUAUUUAUUUCUGGGCAAAAUGCAGCUCCAUCAAAACCAUUUGUAGGAUCGUUGUCUUAUCCAGCAAUAGGCGGCCAAACUAUUUUGAAAGAUCUAACUUUUGUAAAUUUCGGCGAAACGACAUGCUCAUCCGACCACUCUGCUAUCAUGACAAAUCUAAAAAUUGAAGAUUUUCUUCAUCCAAUAUCUGUUUCUGGUCUACAUUUUGUAAAUAGUCCUGAAGAUUCACGACUUUUCAUCCAUCGGCCAUCAAUCGGAGCCAUAAACCCAUCUGAUUGCGUUGAUAUGGAGUGUGAUGGAAUGAAGAAAGCUCUCAUUAAAGAUACAGAUGGUUCAUUACUUGGAUCACCAGGUUCUGCUAUUCCACAGGCUGAGUACGAAUGGGAUGGUGACCCACGACGAGGUCUUGGUGAUUAUAGAAUUCCAAAGACUAUGUUAACAAAGUCGGACGGCAGCAGAAUACCUGUUGAUGAAAUCGUACCCAACAAAGGAAUUUUAAGAGCUAAUACAAGUGAUGCAACCUGUACAUUGAAUCAGCGAUGGCAAGCGUGGAAAUGUCUAGGAUACAAACAUGGAAUUUUAGUUAUUGAAAGUUUAGAUGACGACACAGAGACACGAAGACUUUCACCUGUCGGACUAAUGUCAAACAGCUAUAUUGAUUUAAAUAACGGACCACAAGAUCAUGGUUGGUGUGCUGGAUACACUUGCCAAGAAAGAUUAUCGACAUUCUGGACAAUUGUUGCGUUUGAGAAAACAUACGAAAUGCAUUUCUCAGGAACCAACCCUCAAAAACUCAAAUUAAGAAUGUUAAAUGAAGAAGCCACCACAAAAAUGGUUAUGAAAAUAUUUUACACAAGACCACAAAGACUGGAUAUUUAUGUCGAUAAUAAAUAUGUAAAAUCGACGAACUCUCGUACGAAUGAAAAUGGUCAGGACGUCCUUGCUCCGCCGCCCGUUGAUAGUCCAGCCAUCUUCAAACCGAAUAUUACAAACGAUGUCGGAACAAAUUAUUUUGACAGAGCAGCAAAAAUUAUUCAUAUUACGUUGUCUGGAGAAACACCCGUAUUGGUUAAAGAAGCGGAAGUUGUUGUUAUCACCUUCAAUCUUCCUGCUGUAUCUCCUGAUGAAUUCUUCGACAAUGGGAAAUUGAUUCAGAAUCUGGCACUGUUUUUAGAUAUCCCAGAAAGCAAAAUUAGACUUGUUAACGCUGUGCGUGAAGGAUCAACAUCAGGUAGAAAACGACGAGCCGUUGAAAGUUACAGCGCAACUGUUGAAAUUGGAGACCCACCUGCAGCCACUGUUGAAGAAUCGACGUCAACAUCAAACGAAUCCACAACAGCAGCACCGGGUACAGGUGGAACAACGCCAGCAUCAAUAUCACUAGAGGAUCUUGCCAGAACCACGUCUUCAAUUACCAAUGCAUUGCAACAAGGAACGUUAGCAAAAGCUCUUGAAACCGAAGUUGAUUCGUUGAGUGUUGUAGAUCCAAGAGAACCACCCGUGCGAAACGCGAAUAUUACUAACACAACAGAUACUGACGAAGAUCAAACAAUCGGUUACUUUGUGCCCGCGGGAUUAAAGGUUGUUCAGCAACCUGCAGGUGGAAACGCGGAAUCAGUGAUGUUACCGACACUGCAGGUUACUGGUAUUGACAAUGCUGGUAAUAAUAUUGUGCUGGGACAUAAAGGGGACCAAUGGCAAGCAACAGUAACAAUACAGAGUGGAGAUACCACUGCAAAAUUAUCUGGGACGACGAUAGCUAAGUUUGAUAAAGGGAUUGCAUCGUUUGAAAAUCUGACCAUUUCACUAGCUGGUUCAUUUGUAUUAAAAAUCACUGUAACUUAUCCUAUUGGACAAACGGCGCUAAAUGCUGUAACUGAUCCAUUCACGCUUUCUGAAGCCAUUGUGACGACGAAGCAAACCCCAACCACAGUCAAAGUUGACCCUGUACCACCACCUGUCAGCAACUUGGCAGUGAUAAUCGCCUGUUCUGUAGUUGGAGGACUUUUACUGAUCGCGGUCAUUGUGAUUAUCGUGUUGAAAGGACCUUGUUCGAGUACUUACACCAAGAACGCUUCUUCACCUGCACCAUAUUCUCAAUCUUCUGCACAACCGUCGCCAACAAGGUCGACUGAGCUUUCUAACAUAGAUUUUGAACAUGAAGAAUCCCAGCAUCCGCACUCUGUCAUCGACGAUACAAAAUCGCGACCUCCAUCUUACAAAAAAUCACCAAACCCUUAUGAUAACGUUAAUUGAAGAUUGUCAGCAAAGUUUAAUUUCAAUUUGGACUUUUCAGUUUAUUAUUUUAUAGUUCAUAGAUCAAGCAUAGCUCUCCAAUAAUACGAUUUUCCAAGCAAGAUCUAAAGAUGGCCUCCGAUACUUUCGGUAUACCUAGUUCGCUAUUUCCUAGUUGAGAAAUUCUUUUAAUAAAAAGAAAUAAUACUUCAAUGAACAACGUACAUUUUUAUAUUUUUGCACUGCAUUAAAUAAUCAAAAAAAAAAACGUAGUUUGGUGUCUGUUCCCUUUAACAUAGUGAUUCAAUGUUUUUGUUGUGGUAUGAUUACCGAUAUAAAUCAGUAAAAUUAAUUGCUUUUUUGAGUAAAUCUAGUCGCCUACCUAAAUAUUGGGAAUCCAACAUCUUUUCAAUUCUGCGUAAAAUAUUGACAAUUUACUCACAAAAAAUUCCAGUUGAAAUAUUUCAGUUUUAUCCCAAUAUUUUUGAUCUCGGUAAAGUUUGAAGGGAACAACGCAGUAUUUUCUCACAAAAUCACUGUUUUACUUGAAUUUCAUUUUGUAGAAGAUCCUUAUUUCUUUACUGUUUUUGAGUUUGAAAAUUUCAAUUCAUGAAAACUCAAAUCGUAAACACUAUUAGUUGUACUUUCAACACAUAACAUUAGACAUAGAUAGAUAGAUCUCAGAUUGUGAGUGUCUUGAAACGUACUUGGUCAGUAUUUAAGACUUGAAUAUUCAGUAUUUAUAAAACUGAUUUCUGCUGUGUAUACUAAUUAUGGAGCAAUAUUGAUUUUUUAUUUUGAAUUAUAUGAAAUAAAAUAAAAAAUGUUUCUAUCAUCAACGGAAAUUAACAAAAAAUUUCAACAAAAAUUGCUUAUUUUGAAGAACUUUCAUUUGAUUAUACGUCCCACUAGCAAUAUUUCUUGACUCAUUUUUUCAUGUUCAUUUUUUUCUAUAAAUAGAUGGAAAGUUCAAACUUGUGUGAAGUAAUAUUAUAUAUUGCAUUGUUUUUUCGAUGAGUUCCAGCAUAUGUUCCACUGUUUUAUUCAUUAUAUUAUGUUCGUUAAGUACUAUUUUUCUGUCCCUUCAUGCAGCAUUUACCAGCAUGUUUAUCCCGGUACGCUUACAAAAAUAAAAUUAGUUUUUAUUUUGUUUAACAAAUCGGAUCAUCUGUGAAUUGGAAAUAGGUAUCUGUUCUUUAUAUUUCAUGAAAAAAAAACAAAAAAAAACGGGUUACUAUAAUAUUUAACCAGUAAUUGUCAUUUCUCAUAAUAUAUGCAUAGAUCAAAUCUUGAUCUAAUGAUUCAUUUUUGAUUAAUUGGUGAUAUAGACGACGAAAUUGUAUUGCGACCCUCAAGAACUGAAGCGAAAAAUAAGUAAAAUUUAAUAAUACAGAAAACAUUGAAGAUCAAUAUUGAAAUUGACGAUACCUUUGAUGAAAUCGAUGUGCUUGCAUAUUCUCGCUGAAAAGAUCGAAUUUUGGCUUUAUUUCGGUAUUGGUUCCUAAAUUUCUUUCAAAUUUGAUCAAUAUUUUGUACCAACAUAAGUUAGUGCUGAAAAAAUUUAAACGUGGUCGGGAACGCCAUUUUGAAGUGCCCCGAUAUAGAGCAUACUGUAAUAAAUCCC